GUACGAUGAGGAAGUGACAGCUGGCAGGCAGGGAGCGGGGACGCCCCAGCCUUACCGGAAUGGUGUAGAGAACAAGAGGAAGAGGGGGAAAAAAAAGGAUAAGACGCAGGAAACAAGGUGCAGCCGGAGGCCCGGGUUCGGGGGGGGAGGGCAGUGCAGGGCAGUUCCGUGUGUGACGGGGAGCGGGCAGGCCGGGAGCCGGGGAGCGGAGGGCGCGUCACGGACAGGCCCACGGCAGUGCCACCAUGGCAGCGAGCGGGGACGGGCCGGGUGCUGGCGUGGCGGCAGACAAGGCGAUCGGCUCACGGAGGCACAGCGAAGGUAACAGGAAGCUCAAGUACAUCAGCCUGGCGAUCCUGGUGGUCCAGAAUGCUUCGCUCAUCCUCAGCAUCCGCUACGUGCGCACGCUGCCAGGCGACCGCUUCUUCUCCACGUCCGCGGUCGUCAUGGCAGAGGUCCUCAAAGUCCUCACCUGCCUGCUCAUCAUGCUGUUUCAGAAGAGAGGGAGCCUGCGGGAUUUCGCCCUGCUGCUGUAUGACUCCGUCGUCGUCCAGCACCGGGACACGCUGAAGCUCGCCGUGCCCUCGCUCAUCUACACCCUGCAGAACAACCUGCAGUACAUCGCCAUCUCCAACCUGCCCGCCGCCACCUUCCAGGUGACGUACCAGCUGAAGAUCCUGACCACGGCCGUUUUCUCGGUGCUGAUGCUGCAGAAGAGCCUGUCGCGGCUGCAGUGGGUGUCGCUGGUCCUGCUGUUCGCCGGCGUGGCCAUCGUGCAGGUCGAGCAGGAGGGGGGGCGGAAGGAGACGUCCGUGGUCGGCGAGAGCCAGAACUACGCCAAGGGGCUGGUGGCGGUGGUGGUGUCCUGCCUGUCGUCGGGCUUCGCCGGCGUCUACUUCGAGAAGAUCCUGAAGGGCAGCGCGGCCUCGGUGUGGAUGAGGAACGUGCAGCUGGGGAUCUUCGGCACCUUGCUGGGCCUGCUGGGCCUGUGGUGGAACGACGGGGCGGCCAUCGCCGAGAAGGGCUUCUUGUUCGGCUACACCCCGCUGGUGUGGGCCGUCAUCUUCAACCAGGCCUUCGGGGGCCUGCUGGUGGCGGUGGUGGUGAAGUACGCGGACAACAUCCUCAAGGGCUUCGCCACCUCCUUCUCCAUCGUUGUCUCCACGGUGACCUCCGUCUACCUCUUCGGCUUUCACGUGGACCUCCUGUUCACACUGGGCGCCGGCCUGGUCAUCGGCGCCGUCUACAUGUACAGUCUGCCCAGGGCCCCGGCCGCCCCCUCGGCCCCCUCCUCCUCCGCCUCCUCCUCCUCCUCCUCGGUGUCUCACUCCAGGAACCACAUGGGCGACAGCAGAGACCCGGAGGCCGACCCUUUCCUCCCCAAGUCAGUCCUGGUGAAGUGAGGUUCCCCCCCUUCCGAAACGACCGCCCCUCACCCCCGUGCUCCUCUCCCCCUGCCCUCCUCCUCCCUCUCCGAGAGCCCAUCUCUUCUAACUCGCCGCCUCCUUCCUGUCCUCCUUCGUCUCGUUUCGUUUUUUAAAACCCGCUCUUCGCCGCGGCCGCGCGUGUGCUCACCUGUGUGUUUCACUCAGCUGGUUCUGGCUCGUUUUCUUUUCACGGAAGGAGAAAGAAAACAAGGAAAGGUGCAGCAUCCCUGUUUUUUAGUUCUGUGCAGCUUUCAUCUCCCUGCUCCGGUAGUUUUCCUCUGCAGCGUCUCCGGCCUGGGAACGUCGGCUUCCCAGCGGAGCGAUCCGGCCGACAGAAACGCACGUGGAAACUGCAAGAGUGUGAUCCCUGACAGCCGCUGAAACAGCGUCCUUCUUUUUUUGUCUGAAAGCUGCUGAAAUCGCACUUCAUAGUGCUUUGUGGAGUUUUAUGUGCUCAUACUUCACACUUCUGAUUUGUCUUCUCUCGCUUUUAGCUUUAACGGCUGAUUGCAUUUUUCAAAACUCCUGUGUCAGGUGCUUGUGCAAACAGGGAUUCACAGCAGGGUAAGCUCCAGGGGCAUUGAGGCAGGUCUGAGACUGGGCAGUACGGGUCUUUCAUGUUAGGAAGAGCUUGGCUGAUCUCAAACAGACGUUUGCCUUGAUUCUUACACGUCUAGAAAAUGUCAUUUCAGUUCUUCCCCAGAAUUAUAUAUUGAAAAAAAAUGGAAAAACUAAGAUGAACUCAGUUGCUCUUGUGCCAUUUGCUGCAGUUUUUUUGAAGGUCUUUAUUUAGCAAAGCUGUACUUUCUGAAUAAGUGACCGUUUGGAAAAUGAUAACAGAGCUAGUCGGCCUGUGGAGCACUGCUAGUUUAUGGCAGAGACCUUGGGCUCUGUGUGUGAACCUGCUACUGGACAGGACCACCCUGAGCUGCGGCUGUUCUCCACCAGACAAGCAGGUUGUGCUGCUUGCAUUUCAUUUGCAGUUUGAGGUUUGAGGUUCUGUUCUGAGGGGUUACCUAAGACUUAUCAUUCUGUCUGAUGCCUUUUUUGGUUCACUCGUCUAGUGUUGAAUAGGAAUGUUGAUGGUGCCAUGGUGUGGAGUAUGCUUUCAUUUUCAUUUGAAAAAUGCAGCACUAAAUCCAAUCCAAAACAACAAUUUGCGGAAGAAAGAAAAUGUCUUCCUCGUCUAUUCUUCAUGGGAGACCCCUGACAGGGGUGAUCAUUAAACUGCAGUAAACAGCAAACGAGCACUGAGAUCUUGCAAAACAGAGCACAUAUAAAACGGAGGUCCCAUAAUGAGCUAAUUUAGCUUAUUCAAUUGAAAAGUUUUCAUAUUAAGGCAAAAACAUGAUGAGUCAAGAUGCAUGUUAGUGAAAGAGCCUUUUCUGUCUUUGGUGUCUGAACUGUGAAUUUGGGCUGUGCCACUGCUUUCUGCGCUCACUUCCUGGUGGUGGGGGUGUCAGAAAAGCACGCUGUGGCCAUAUGACCCCCCCCCCAGGAGUGCAGGGGCUCCAAACAUCACAGCUACACUCAUGAUCAAAGGCACCCGUGUCAGUGUCAGAUGCUCCUUUUAGAUAGAAUUCCACUGAAUCGGGAAUUCAACCAAAAAUUAUUUUGCUUUUCAGCUGAAAGCCCGUUGAUACCUUGUACUGUAGCAUUUUCUCCUUUGACACAAGAUGGUGUCGUGCCCUUGAAGUACCUGAGCUAAAAAACAAAUGCUGUGCCUUUUCUGGAACCUCAAUGAUAUGUAUAGUACUAAUCAUUGUUAAUAUAAUAACAUGGAGAAUAUAUAUAUAUGGAAAAAACUACUGGGUUAAAGGUCAAGUGUGCUGGACUAAAGUGGAUUUUUCAUCUUUUUUCUUCCACAUAUGGGGGAGGGAGUAUUUUUCUAUGCAGGAAUAUUUUAAACUUAUAUUCAGAAUCAAUUUAGGGAGAUUACUGUAUUAUCUUCAUAUCUUUACAUGUGUGUAACUGCUGUUAAGAGUUGCUUAUAGGUUUUAAACUGGACAUUGCAGUAAUAAAGAGGUAAAGAAGGCAGAACACAACUUGCAGAAAUAUCCUGCAGCAAAGGCAUCCAUUAUGGACACAUGUAGGAAAACACAAGUCUGUGAUUCUGCAGCAUUUGUGAAGGUGAAAUAUAGUAUUUUCACUAAUAAUGGUGAAAUACAGUCCCCUGUAUAAGCCUGUAUAAGCUAAUACAGGCUACACUUGGUGAUGGCAUAUUUUUGAACACAAGCUGCUGUGUUUUUAAAUUUAUAUAGUACUGUUAUUUCUAAUGUCAGGACCUUUCUUCACAGUGGGACAACACUGCCCCCAAUGUCUUUCAGCGUGAGCUGCUGAUGGCUUUGUUGUCCAGCCUCAGAAAUCUUGUAGCAUUGCCUUUCAGAGUGAAGACACCCUUUUUUUUCAUUAAGUGGAAAGGGGGGCCUGCUUCUGGAAAUGCUGGGUAAAAAACUAGUAUUUAGGCAGGCUGUUCUGUGAAGAUCUUGUUUAUUUCUUUGUAUAUCUCUCUGAGUCACAGUAAUAA